UGGGAUGGCGGCACCGCGGCCCUUCGCGGACUCACACUGCUGCUCACGUCCGGUGGCGGUGCCCGGCGUGCAGCAGACGCUGGAGGAGAUGGACUUCGAGAGGGGAAUCUGGUCGGCAGCCCUGAAUGGAGACCUGAACCGAGUGAAGCACUUCAUCCAGAAGUCCACAGACCCCAGCCAGCCCGACUCUGCUGGCUACACUGCCCUGCACUACGCCAGCCGCAAUGGGCACUAUGCUGUCUGUCAGUUCCUGCUGGAGAGCGGGGCCAAGUGCGAUGCCCAGACGCACGGGGGCGCCACUGCACUGCACCGGGCCAGCUACUGUGGGCACACUGAGGUUGCCCGGCUGCUGCUCGCACACGGGUCCAACCCCCAGCUGGUGGACGACGAUGGCAUGACCAGUCUUCACAAGGCAGCCGAGAAGGGGCACGUGGACAUUUGCUGCCUGCUGCUGCAGCACAGCCCCGCUCUGAAGGCUGUGCGYGACCGGAAGGCACGGCUGGCCUGCGACCUGCUGCCCUGCAACAGCGACCUGCGUGGCCUGCUGGCCAGCUGAGGCCCCCCUGCAUCAGGCCGCCCUUGGAGGGACACUGACAGCUGUCCAGGCCCCUGCCUUGCCCAGCACCCAGCUGCAGGCAGGAAGCUGUGGCUGAGACCCCGAGAGCCCGCGUGGCAGGGGGAAGUGUGGCUAGAAGUGUGGACGCCUGGACAGAGGAGCAUAUUCUACGUUGCUGUCACAUGAACGGCCACUCAUCUGGAAACAAAUAAACUCGUGUCCUUACCUCAUUCAAGCUGAAUUCCAAGAAUGAAAGACCUUGAUAUAAAAACAGAACUAGCUGGGGCUUGCUCACCUGUGACCUCAGCAACGUGGGCGCUGGGACAGGACAACUUGGAGGCCAGCCUCAGCAACUUGGUAAGACCCUGUCUCAAAAAUGAAACCCCCCAAACCAGGUGAAUACUAGAGGAAAACCUGACGAGGUGAUGGAGCCACUGAGGAUCUUGGCCCAGCCACGUUACCUGUGUGGCUCCAGUUUCCAGGGCUGUGAGGUGAGGAUCAGAGGAGAGCGUACUCAGGGUGGCUCUGGGGACUGAGCAGGUGAAUCUGGGGGACGCAUCUGAGGAUCUGGCACACUGCCCACAACUUACAAGAGUGCCCAGUUCCAAAGCUUUGUCCACACUGGCUUUUAUAAAACAAUUUCACUGACCCUGGUAAUCCAGGGAGUAGGAAGUCUCCUUGGUUCUGUUUUGUUUUGCGUUGCUAAUUACUGGCGAGACUUGCACACCUGUCUCUGAACUGCCUGCCUGUGCCCAUUAAAAAUU